AUGUUAUCGUUAUCAACUUUAAAAUUAUGUGUAUACUUAAUACUCUUUAUUUCAAUAUCAAGUGUUAAGUCAUUCUACUCUUCCAAUGAAAUAUAUAGUGCAGAUCCUGGAGUAUUAAUUGACGAGAAGAUUAUUGUUUUUGAUAGUUACGACUUUACAAAUGCUACUAUUACAUUUUACUUGGACCUUUCUAAAAAUUGGACAACAUCUGAACCAGAAUUCAAAGAAAUCAGUAAUUCGGAUUCAGCACCGAAGUUUUAUUUAACCGCCUUUAGCGCGCAGAAAAAAGACGACCACUCAUUAAUAUAUGCCUUUGGUGGAAAGAUUCCAAACAAAGGAAACAUUUCAGAUCUUAUUGCCACGGAUGGCUUUUAUAAAAUUGAUGUCAGCACUACGCCUUUUUCAUUUUCGCCUCUUGGUUCACCUCUUGAAGCUCGAUGCUGCAUGUCUUCUGUCAUUGACAACAAAGGAAAACUUUAUAUAUGGGGUGGUCUUACUAAUCGUAUAGAUAAAACUAUGUAUAUAUUUGAUACUUUUGGUUCAAGAUGGAAACAAAUUCUACCUUCUUCUGGUUAUGUUCCAGAUCAAAGAAAAGUCUAUUCUUCAACAUUUUUAGAUGGUAAAAUUUAUUAUGUUGGAGGCGCCUAUCGAACUGACAAAGUCGUUGAUAUUCGAGAAAUUUUGAUAUAUGAUACGUCCAAUGAAGUUUCUCCGUGGUCUUUAAAAACUGCAACAAAUAAAACCAAAAUUAGCAACCGUUUUGCUCAUUCAGCAGUUCUUGAAUUCCCAAGUUUAAGAAAUAGUUCACUAGAUUAUAAUUUAUAUGAUUACUUGAUUACUUUGAAUUUCGAAACAUUUGGAUUGUCAGAGCUUAAUACUCUAAACGAACCUAGCAUUGCUGAUAUACCAUAUUAUUCUACGGCUAUUGUAUAUAAUAAUUACAUGAUCGUAGCUUUCGGCGCAUAUGGAACUAAAAAUCCUACUCGAGAACUUGUAAAACUUUUGGAUUUAUCUCAAAAAAAUUAUAUCUGGGUUGAUCAAUAUAUAUUUUCAAUUCCAACCCCACCUCCACCUCCACCUCCAAAUGAACAAUCUCAACCCAAUACAGCGUUAUUUCCUAAUAUUCCCGUAAUUGUAGAUCAACACAAUACUACACAAGCUCCGUUUCAUCAUCAUAAUACAGCACCGUUAUCUCACAAUAUACAUGGAAUUGUAAAUCAACAAUCUACUACACAAGUUCCGUUUGGUUACAUUUAUACUCACAAUGAUCCUAGAACUAGUUAUGUUCCUUAA